AUGCGUUUUCGGAGGGAACCUGUUGCAGUGAUGGCAGGUGUAAAGCAGAUGUUUUACUGCUUUAAAGUGAAAGAAAAUCAUUGCAAUUUUCUACGAUUUUUCUGGUUCAAAGAUAAUAAUCCUAACAACCCAAUGGUUGAAUACAGGAUGACCGUCCAUGUAUUUGGCAAUCGGCCAUCGCCGGCAGUAGCGACUUACGGGAUUUGUAGAACAGCACUAAAUGUGGAAACAGAAUUUGGACAAGACGUUAGAGAUUUUGUGAUGGACAAUUUCUAUGUAGACGAUGGACUUAUGUCGCUACCUACGGCAUCUGAAGCUACAAGUUUGAUAAGGCGAACACAGAAAGCUUUACUGGUUGAAGGCAAUGUGCGCCUGCAUAAGAUUUCUUCGAACAGCGAGGAAGUUUUGGGUUCGUUUCCAACAGAAGAUCUUGCCAAAGAUAUGAAGGAUCUAGAGUUCGGGAAGGACCUGCUCUCAAGUCAACGGAGUCUUGGUCUUAAUUGGAAUUUGGAUGAUGACAGUUUUUUCUUUGAGGUGACGUCAAAGAAUACAGCAUGCUCUAGAAGAGGAAUUCUUUCCUGCAUGAAUAGUAUAUUUGAUCCCCUGGGAUUCCUUGCACCUGUUGUCAUAGAGGAAAAGAAUAUUUUGAGGACUUGUUCAAAGCACUAUUAA